AAAAAAAAUCGAUGUAUUGUUCAUGUACGGGCGGUUGUGUUGAGUAGCGUGUUGCGCAAAAAGUAUUUCUAUAUAUAAAUACCUUUUUAUUUUCUAUUAUACAUUACCAAUUUUUCAUUUAAGUACCUGGUACCCAUUAUUUUCCACUAAAACUGAAACUUCGGCAGGUGAUAACAACAUAAAAAACAUCGUUUUUGCGUUGUAGCAAAAAUGGCUUCAGAAAAAGGGGAUGCCAGUGUUGAUGUUACCGAAGAAGUCGACAUGGAAAAAGCCGUCAACGAAGAGCUCGCGGCCAAAGAAAAUGCCACUGUCGGCGAAAGUUUGAUAAAAAGAAGACCCAAGAAAGUUCACAGGCAAAGCUCUAAAGAAGGAGCUGUCCCAGCUGGGUUCGUUCACGGACCUAGAUCUUGGAAAAACAGUCGCCGGUCGAGAAAUGGAUUUGGUAGAGGUUUACCGAAGAAGAAGGGUGCCGGAGGUAAAGGUGUUUGGGGCCUCCCUGGAUCUGAACUGUUAGAAGCUUAUGAAGAUAUUAAUGAUCCAAAUUUUGAUAAUGAAAAUAUGAGCAAUGGUGACAUAGAGCUUAAGGCAGUUGUACCUGAGGUUUCUGAUGAAGAAAUCAAGAAAAAAGUGGAGCCAAUCAUUCUCGAAUAUUUCGAGAACGGCGACACUCACGAAGCAAUGCUUACCAUCGAAGAGCAAAUUCCUGUAAAAAGAAGAGAUACAUUGGUCGAGCAGCUCAUAGAAAUAGCAAUGGAUCACAAACCUUCGCACAGGGAGAUGACUUCCGUUCUCAUCUCCGAUCUCUUCCCACAUACCAUAAAUGAGUCUGACAUCAGCAAGGCGUUCGAGAACUUGCUGGCGAACGUAAACGAUUUGAUUCUGGAUAUUCCAGACGCUCCUACAGUUUUGGGCAAUUUUGUAGCCCGUGCCAUUGCAGACGAUUGCAUUCCUCCCAAGUUUAUUAUUUCUAUUAGAGAAAAGAGCGACAAUAAGCACUUCCAGGAAGCUGUCAGCCGUGCAGAUACACUACUUUCUAUGAAACAUGGUCUGGUACGGCUGGAUAAUGUUUGGGGAGUUGGUGGAGCUUUACGACCAGUAAAAGCUUUAACUCGCCAGAUGUGGUUACUACUGCAAGAAUUUCUAUCGUCGAGCGACAUCGACGAAGCCAGUCGUUGUUUACGGCUUCUAGAAGUUCCCCAUUUCCAUCACGAAUUGGUCUACGAAGCCAUCGUAAUGGCCUUAGAAGCCAACAGUGCCGCAAAAGAGGAACAGCUGUGCAAACUGCUGAAAUCAUUCUCCGAUGCGAUUUUGGUUACCCCGGAUCAGAUGGAAAGAGGUUUUCUGAGAGUGUUCGAUGAUCUUCCUGAUAUUUCGAUGGACGUCCCACUGGCUUAUAUUAUCUUAGAUAGAUUUGUUGAAAGGUGUCACACGGUGGGUUUUCUGACCGAAAACGUGAUCAAAAAGAUGCCAUCUCGCGGCCGCAAACGAUUCGUAUCUGAGGGCGACCAACAAUUUUUUAAGAAUCAUAAGAUCGAACACUAAGGAACACCAUACCUACAAGUAGUUUUUCAUGCAUUUGUAUUCUUUCUUACUAGCACUAGGUGCUUAACAUGGAAAAUUGAUCGAAAUGUUACUUUUUGUAUAUGUUCUAUGAAAUAAAGAUUAUUUCAAGUUUUU